CUCACCGGUGUCAGGUUUGUUUCAGUGACGGUUAGACCGACGUCGGUCUCGCGAAUUUGCGAGAUUAUAAUUUUCACGAGAAUAGUAUAAUUCGCUGAACGCGGUAGUGGAUUUUUUGUGUUUUUCCACCCAUGCCGGUUUAUCAAAUUUUUUUUUUCAUACCAUAUUUUUGCGCUAUUUCUGGAUUUAGCAAAUAAUAAUAUUACAUAUAGCGCGUCGGAUGUAACUUACAAUCGAGUUAACGAAUUUCCAAUCACAUAAACCUCUGAAAGUGAGUGCAUGAAUAGUAAUAAUAAUCAUAUCCAUGUUGUUCGUCGGUACGCGUAGUUCGUCUUUGCAUCUACCGGUCGGAUGUCUGUCAGGGUUGUGAUAACGCCAACAAAACAACAAUCGAAGGUGUUUCGGUUUUUCAAAAUAACCACACACAUCUUCGUCUGUAAACGACUACGACUACACUCACGCGACAACGGUUCGAGUCUAGCCGAGCAGCCACAGACACAGCAACAACUGCCGCCGGCGCGAUAGCCAACAGAAUAAAAUUAUUAAAAUAUUAUAAUUUACUGGAAACAACUAGCACAGCGACAACAGGCAACAACUGGCGGUGGCUGACGAUAAAAACAUCACCGAGAUCACAAACCAGGAAAUGGCGCUGAUCGUCCCGGAAGAAUCACAGCGGCCGUACCGGUUUGGCAUGACACUAGUGUGCAUUGGCGCCCUGUUCAACUGGCUUGGGCUGGCUGACCACCACACGAAACCCGUGCCAGCCGUUCGGUACAUCGGCGUCGGUCUGGUGGCUUCGGGCGCAGUGCUCAUAUGCAUGGCCAUGUGCUUCUGGAUGAACAGUGUGCGCGACGAUGAAGACGACGAGUCGAUCGACCACAUCCACGUGAUAUCACUAGACCCACCGGUGCGGCUGAACGAGAAGCCGCCGGAUUACGCGUCAGUGGUGGACGUGCCGCCGCCCAGUUACGACGACGCGAUCAAGUUGGACCCGCAACGACUGAUGGACAGUGGCCACCGGUCGGCGAGGGACACUUGCGCCAUAACGGUGGUGCCGCCCGACGAAUGCGACAAGACGUCGUCCGCCAACGAGGUCGCGGCGCCGGUUCUUCCGGACACCGCGGUAUCGCAGCCGACGACCAAGCUGGCGCAGGCCAUCCGGAAGAGCAUACGCGACAUACGGAAGCAACUGACGAACACGGUGAGCGACGGGGCGGCGGAAGUGGAGCAACAGCAACAGAGUGGUUCCGCGGUGCACGGCAGCGACGUCGCGUCGGCCGCUUCCCGCAAGUCCGACGCCCAAACCGUGGCCACCAACGCGGCAACGGCCAACGACUAGAGGUGCAAUACUGCAGUUGUUAUCGAUGUAUUGAUAUUAUUUAUUUUAUUGCAAUACAUCGCUAAUGAUGUCAUAUUGUUACGGUCCACGCGCGAACGCGUUUUCAUUCACAAGACUGAAAUCACAAAACUUAAUAUAUUAUUAUAACGAUUAUUAGGUACGAUUUAAUAUUAUACAUUUAAACCUACUAAAAGAUUAUUAUUAGAUAUAAGGUUUACAUUUUGUCAGUUGGAUUGCAUGCGCUUCGUGUUUUUCGAUACGUACUGCCRGUGCUGCUGUUACCCGAAAGCGCUGCGAUUUACCCAACAUUUAUUGUGAAAAUAUUAUUAUUGUCAUUGUUAUUAAAGUAAACAUAUCAACCAUUGUCACCUAGUAAGUUUUAAAUUUUUAAUAUUGGUAAGUCGAGAAACCYUAUGAAAUCGUCGACUCCUGUAUAAUUAUAAAAAAAUAAUAUUGUUCUCAUCGACAAGUUCAAAAUAUAUUUAAUUGUUAAUACUU